AUGAAAAUUACUGCGAUUGUGAGGAUGAACCAAGAAGAUCCCACUAUAAUCUCCUACUUGCGAGUAAAAGCAUUUGUUCUUUUGAACACCUCCAUUUCACACCAAAUAGACCAAAUCGAUACUGGAGAUAAAAAAAAACUAACCCAUACUCCUUCAUCCAAGGUUAACGCAACUUCAAUCAAACACCUUGAAUUGAAAUACGACAAUUUACCCGUAACUGGAAUAGAUGUGAUGGCAUCCAGUAUCACUACUGAUGUUUUCAGAAAUGAAAACGGACAAUCCAUCCUAGAUUUCUGCUUAGACAAAUAUCUUAGAGAGAAGGAACCAAACUCAUUUUAG